AUGAUGCUUUGCACUGCCAACGUAUGCAAACAUGAACAUGGCUACCGGUGUGUGACAUCAACAGUCCGUCGUUUUAAUACACAUUUGUCGGCGUUACAAAGUCUGUGAACGUAAAUGUUCAAGCCUCUGCCGCAGCCAAAGAAACCUUCGUAGAGUUUACCGGCGGAGCCAGCAGACCCUCUGAAACCAGCGUUUCAUUCCCUUCAAUCACAGACAGUUUGGGUCAACAUGGCGAGUCCAAGGACCAGACGAGUUCUAAAGGAAGUGAGAACCCAAGAGGAGAACAAUCUAUGUUUUGAGUGUGGAGCUUUUAAUCCCCAAUGGGUCAGUGUCACCUAUGGGAUCUGGAUUUGUCUGGAGUGCUCUGGCAAGCACAGGGGCCUGGGAGUCCAUCUCAGUUUUGUGCGCUCUGUCUCCAUGGACAAGUGGAAAGAUAUAGAGCUUGAGAAGAUGAAAGCGGGAGGAAAUGGAAAAUUCCGACAGUUUCUUGAGCUCCAAGAUGAUUACGAUCCCAGCUUGAACCUACAGGAUAAAUACAACGGCAAAGCGGCUGCUCUCUUUAGAGACCAGGUGGCAACUUUAGCAGAGGGUAAGGAGUGGUCCAUUGAAACAUCCCCUGCCAGAAACUGGACAUCUCCUCAACCUAAGACCAGCCUUUCAUCCUCUCACCGCUCUGGAGGACCCGGACAAAACUCAGCAAAAUCCGGAGACAAAGCUUUCGAAGACUGGCUGAGUGAUGAUGUUAACUCCUAUCAGAGUGGAGGGGGCUACAGUGGGAAUCAAGAGAAUCGGUAUGUUGGAUUUGGCAACACAGUGACUCCAGAGAAAAAAGAAGAUGACUUUGUGAACAAUGCCAUGUCUUCAAUUUAUUCAGGUUGGAGCAGUUUUACUGUUGGCGCUAGCAAGUUUGCUUCUAUUGCAAAAGAUAAUACAAGUAAACUGGCUAACCAAGCAACCUUAAAGGCCACAGAGUUAGGACAGACAUUAAAUGAGAAUGUUAUCAAACCCACUCAAGAAAAGGUGAAAGAUGGCAAAUUGCUAGAUGAAAUGGCCAUCAGCAUGUCUGGGCUGGCAAACAAGGUUCAGGGAGCCGGAGCAAAAUUGACAAAUCUCUUCUCUGGAAAAGCGGAAGAUGGAUCUGCUGGAGAUAGCUAUCAGAACAUGGAUGCUUCUGAGGGAUAUCAGGGCAGUUCUAGCCAGCCUGUUGCAAAGGACUUCUGGGAAACCUUUGGCAGCAACACCUCCUUAAAGGCAAAGAAAUCACCCAGCAGUGACAGCUGGACCAUCGCAGAUAACUCUGCAAAGAAGAGUUCUGACAGUUGGGACAAUUGGGGCUCUGAAGCAGCGUCCAACAACAAAAACAGCACAGGGGAGAGCUGGGAGGCCUGGGACAACAACUGGGAUAACGCAGAUGCUAAGACGAAGAAGAGUCCCACAAAACCUGCCGAGGAAACCUGGGAUAAUGCAGACUGGUAGUGACCUCACAAACCAUACAUCUCCUCACCUGUUUCCUGCUCUGGCAUUUCCCCUCCACCUCUCUCUCUCUCUCUCUCUCUCUCUCUCUCUCUCUCUCGCUCUCUUCAUCUCACUGGCACUUUCAAGGGAAAGUGCUGCAUCAGUUUGUCUCCAUCCAAAAUGUAUUUAUAAAAAAAGAAAGAAAAAACUAAGGAAUCCCAGGCAAAGGUAGAGCUAAUUAUAAAAUGAAUACUCUUAAAAUGUCCAACAUGGCAUCUAUUUUAUUGUAAGUCACCCUCUUCACAAAGAAUCAUGAUAAAUCUGAGUAGAUCAGGUCAUUAAGUAGUACUUCCUUGUCACCAUAAAUAUACUACUGAUGUUGGAGAAUAAGCCUGUGUUCGUCUUGUAUCAUGGGUUCAAUGACACUGGUUUUAAAUUCCCAUCAUAAUAUGAUGCAUGUAAGAGAAGAGAGGACAUUGUAAAUAUAAACCCUUGUAGAUACAUUGUGAUUGACUGAAUACUAACAUUAUCUUCUGGGUUCAAUUAAAUCAGUGGACCCUUUGGCUACCUUUAAUUACAAUAUGUUUGGAAACACAAUUAAAUAAAUAACCUAUAGUUCAACUUUGCUAUUUUCAUUUUUGGAAUACAAAUGUGCAUAUAGUCAAGGAGUUGAUGAUAAAUAUUAAAAGUUAGAGAAUUUAUUUUCCAAAUUUAUCACAAAUCCCCCCCCCCCCAGUCUAUUAUGCACAUGCUGACUUCAAAGUUUAACUCCAAAUGGAUGCGUUUAGGUAAAAUCAAGAAGCUGCUAAAACCCUCAUUCACACUAAAAAAGCUAAAAGGUACAGGCAUUCUUUUAAGGAGAUCUUAGAAAUCAUGUUUUUUCUGUUAUGCAACUCCUUAGAAACUUCUAGCCAUUCAUGACAUUGCUUUUUUUUACUUCAUGGCUGAAUAUAAACUAAAGUUAUCUUAAUGAGCUGUAUAAAUGGAAAAUGAUCAAGCUAUAUGUCCCAGACUUUGAACAGUUCCCACGCAUUCAAUUCAAAUAAGUCAGUGUCAGGAUACCGGCCAAGUUUGUUAUUGAUUGACUGGGGGAUAGGAGGGAUUUAACACAUGUUUUUCUAUCAUUAUUUCCAUGACCCUUUAAAGCUGGGUGAUUAUACAUGAAUUGAAACAUGGUGCAGGUAAACUGUCAAAUUCGAGUUCACACGGUCACGAUCAUUUAUGCUUUCAAACAAGCUCACAUUGUUCCAUACAUUUUGACAAACCUGCAUCCUCUCAUUGUGACAGUAAACAGUUAGCACUGGGUCAUUAUGAAAGACACAUCAGCAAUUGUUUCCUCCAUAGUUUUAUAAUUGUAUUUUCAUGAUGGAACAUUUGAAAUAUUUUCAUGAAUUCUUUGUUAUUGCACCUUUGUCAUCGCAUAUUGUGAGGCGUUGGUGUCACACAUCUUCACACUCAUAUGAGCAUCUUUGUAGUGAAGAAUACAUGAGGUUUAUAAUAUGCUGGACACUUAAAUGGUCAGUGCUGUCAAACACUUUUUUAAUUGAUCUGAUCUACAUAGUGCAUCCCCCAGUUUCAUGAAACAGCAGCUGGACUAUUAAACAUGAAAUCACUGUUGAUGUUAAGGACUGGGACAAUGUUGCAGCAGCGACUUUCCCUUUGUGGCCUUCAUUUCUGUGUAACAUGAGGUGUUUUGACUUUAUCAUUUUUAUUAAUCCCCCAUUAGAGGAAAUGAACGUGUUACAACAGCUCAAAAAAGACAGCAACAAUAAUAUUUAUGAUAAUGAUAAAAACAAACAACCACCAGAAGUCUUUCUAACAAUUCAAACCCCUUCAACUUAAACUAAACACACUUGAAACAAUUCCAACUCCAGACAUAGGUUUAUAUUAGUGUACAUUUGUUUAGCUACAGACUAAUAUCAAACACAUACAACGGUUAGGCGUGCAACGGAUCACAGAUCAUUUUUUGGAUUAUCAAGAAGAUAUUUUUAAUAUCACUUUUCUACUUCUCACUAAAACACGACUGUAACUGUGCAUUUUAAGGCAAAAUGAAUCCGACUUUUUUGUGUUGAAAUUCACCACAACAAUAUUUAAGAGGACACAGGACUGUCUUCACAUUUGUAUAACGGAUCUACAUGCACUACAUUAAGUUUUCUUUUCACUGUGACUCUACACAGGGAGUAAUAGGCAGUUCAAUUAUUUGCAUUACAUGCAUUCAGAACAGAUCACAGAUCAACUGGGAUCCGUUGCACCUCUAAUGCUUGGUGUGCAUCUGAGACUUUGAGGCUUGGUAUCUGUUAUCAUUGGCCAGUAGCCCACUAUAGCUGCUCAUAGAGCAGUGGAAGAGUGCAAUACAACUGCUGGGUUUAUGUUUGUUAUUACUGUGUUAUGACACUUUUGUUGUGAUUCUAUAAGGAUUUCUCAUCGGGCCUCAUGAUUGGUUUAUAUACCAUCAAAGAUUAUAUCACAUGUGAAGGAUACAAUUUAUUCCAUAUCCACUUCCUACCUCUAAGAAGUGUUCAGUUUACUGCAGUGGUUUUUUUUUUAAACUCUGAGCAUCCUUUUUGACCUAGACUUAAUAUCAGGAGGUUUGAUUUGACUUUGCUAAAAGAAGUGUUUAAGCAAAGCCACAAAGAAGAGUUUUCAUUGUUAUUAUGUUUUCAUUUCAAACAAGAUUUAAAAUAAAGAGAUAACUUCUGGAACGUUUGUGUUGCUGUUCCCUGCAGUCAUGUGCUCAUGUGUGGUGGUAUGUUACAAACUUUAAACAGCUGUGAUUGCUGUCUGCUGAUACUGAUGUCAAUGUGCCUGUGUGUCUCUGAUGCAGUGGGGUGUACAUGUCAUUCACUGUCACAGAUCAGUUCAAAUGUUUUAUUGUUGCCCAUACCUUCUCUGUAUCCCUGAAGCUUUAUGACAUUUUUUUGUACGACUGGAAUACUUUGGGGGGGAAAUAUUUGAACAGCCCGGCUUUGUCUGUUUCCUGUAAAAUGUUAACCCACCACUUAUUGGUGAAAGACCUGUUGGGAUUACUGAUACACUCGAUUCAUGGAAUAACUGCACAAUGUAAUAUUGAUGGACUUGUAUCCCAUUGGUUCUAAUGUAAGGUGAAUACAUUUUUUAGAAAUCCAAUGUUAUUUACCUGUAAUUCUGAACUUAAACUUUCCAGAGCAGCAGUUGAGCUCAGUGUCUGUGCCUGUCAAACAUUUCAGAUUGGGGUAUGUUGUGUUUGUUGCUCAGACUAUUGUGUCAGAAAUACUAUUUUUGAUUUCAUGCAUGAGCUGUGACGUGGUGCUUAAAAACAUUCAGCUGGUGUUUAAUUUGUUAAAGCUGUUUCCUCCAGUGAAUUUGAGUGCAGUUGUCUGCUUUCCCCUUCAAUUUCACCAGCAGCCAUCACAUGAGGUGAGCCAGUGUUACCUAUUCAGCUGAGGUUGUGGAUGUUUUCCUGUACAAAUGGUUUCUGUGUUGAAUAAAAAUGUAUUGUGUUGUGGAUGCAAUGGAAUUUA